UAUCGGAAGCCCCUCGUUUAAUCUGCGUGGGUAGCAGAGGGCCGGCUCCAAGGCGCCGCGAGCCGGAGACCCGCUUGCUGAGUCGGGCUCCGGGCCGGGCGUGCGCGCCGCUGGCGGCGCGGCUGGCCUGGGCGAGCGGCCGCCUCCCGCGGGGUGACCUCAAACUGCUGGGCCGUCAGGAGCUGCGACCGAAGAGAUUCUGCUUCGGGGGCUCUGUGUUUGAGAAGGGUGGGCUCAGGGCUCCGGGCGAUUCGGGUUGGGCGGGCCCAAAUUUGCCGCACGCGAGCCCAGGGCGGCUCACCCCCGUGCUUGGGCGCCAACGUUAACAAAUAUGGGCUUUUCACGUGAAAAUCAGGCUCUCUUUAAAUAAUCGUUAAAUCGGACAAUAAUUUGUUAGCCUCUGUGAAGAGAGGUGGGUCCCAGCAGACAGGCCCUUAAUUUCCAAUUUACUGCUCUCCUCCCCUUUAGGGUUGCCAGAUAAAAUAGUGAUACAUAUCAUACUAAAAUUGUAUGUUUAUCUGAAAUUCAAAGUUCACUGGACCUCCUGUAAUUUAGUUUGCUAAAUCGGGCGCCUUUUCCCAUCACUCUCCUCCCGUCUCUCUCUCUCCUCGUUCUUCCCCCGGCUGGUGUGGAUUUUGCGACCCCCUACAGACCCGCCGUUAGAGCCCUGGGGGAUGGACUUGGCUGGAGGAGGAGUGGGCACGGAUUAAAUAAACGGGGAUUUUCGGGGAAGGCCCUCGUGGCUCCGCAGGUGAGGUUGGAGGUCUGGCGGGGGUCAUACUGGUGGUAGCAGUGGGAGUGUGGCUGGGAGUGGGGCCCUAGAUCUUAAUGCGCGGCUGGAGGGUGGGAGGGAGGCUUCGGGGCAGCUGUGAGCCGGGCUGCCACCCAGAGAAUCUGGAAGGGAAUCUGGAACCUGCGGCUUUUAGCUGACCGGCAGAUAGCGAGGUCGCUGUCUCCUCCCUGCUUGGCUCCCACCGAAAACCGGGGUGGGGGUGGGCGGGGGGACAGCUGGAGAGGAGAGGGGAGAAGGAGGAGACUGCAGCUGGGAGGGCGGCAACCGAAGGGAGGGGAAGUGGUGGCGUCCCCAUCUCGCGGGGUCCGGAGCAACGACGCGUCCGCGCCGGGCUGAUUGGAGCCCUCCUGGCCUUCCGGGCCCGACGGGAGGUCCAGUCGUAUAAAGCGCCCUCUGAGCUGAGCUCCCUCUGCAAAGGUGACCUAGGGAGGGUCAAGCCUAGCCGACUAAGAAGCCAUGACGGGCCGGGACGCGCUUUCCGACGGGCGCUCCAGGAGCAGGGCGCUGGUGCCUGGUGGCUCCCCCAUCGGUCCGCGCCCCCGAGGCUUCGCCAUCACUGACCUGCUGGGCCUGGAGGCUGACUUGCCGUCGCCUGCCGGCCCCGGGCCGGGAUCGGGCUGCGAGGGCCCGGCGGCCGCGCCCUGCCCGGGUCCAGGGCUCGGCGGCCCCUGCCUGGCGCGUGGGGCCCUCCCGCUGGGGCUCGGCCUCCUCUGCGGCUUCAGCGCGCGGCUGCCCGUGGCCGCUCGGGCGCCCUGCCUGCUCCUAGCCGAUGUGCCGUUCCUGCCGCCCGAGGGGCCGGAGCCUGCUGCCCCGCAAGCCCCGAGCCGCCCGCCUCCCGCGCUGGGCCGCCAGAAGCGCAGCGAGAGCGUCUCGACGUCCGAUGAGGACAGUCCGUCUGAAGACAGGAGUGAACUGAAGGCAUCCCCCACCCCAAGCAGGAGGAAGAGGCGGCGGCACAGGACUGUUUUCACUGCCCACCAGCUGGAAGAGCUGGAGAAGGCAUUCAGCGAGGCCCACUACCCUGACGUGUAUGCCCGGGAAAUGCUUGCUGUGAAAACUGAGCUCCCUGAAGACCGAAUACAGGUCUGGUUUCAAAACCGGAGGGCCAAGUGGCGCAAACGGGAGAAGCGCUGGGGCGGCAGCAGCGUGAUGGCGGAGUAUGGGCUCUAUGGGGCAAUGGUGCGACACUGCAUCCCACUGCCUGACUCUGUCCUCAACUCCACUGACGGUGGCCUGGUUGGCUCCUGUGCACCCUGGCUCCUGGGGAUGCAUAAAAAAUCCAUAGGGAUGAUAAGGAAACCAGGAAGUGGAGAAAAGAUGGCAGGACUCUGGGACUCUGACCACUUCAAGGAAGGUUCUAGCCCAAGUCAGGCAGGACCCCAGAAAUGCUCAGACGAAGGCAGCCCUGAGAACGGCUUGGAAGAUGUGGCCAUUGACCUCUCCAGCUCCGCCCGGCAGAAGACCAAGAGAGCAUACCAGGGGGCCAGCUCCCAAGGAUGCUCAGACUCCGAGGCGCUGGAGGGGCUCCUGCCCGGGAGGGUGGGGGCUCUCUGAGGCCCACAGGUCCACCCUCGAAGGCUGGAAAUGGGUGCCUUCCUCCCUGGUAUUGUUCAAGUUGUCUAAGAUGAAUCAUCUCAGUUGGA